UUCCUCCUCUCUCUCUCUCUCUCUCGCCGUCGCCGGAAAACUCCUCUCGCUCCCGUAGGGCCACCGUUGCCUCGCGGGAAUCCGCUCUCAUCCGCCGUUCCCUGGUGGCGGCUCGGUUUCUUGGAAAGGGAUUCUUGGGCGUUUCCGUUGGAUAUCUGAGGGGAGCUUCGGAUCUUGGCUGGAUUCGUUCCUGUGAGGGGAAUGUGGCCUUCCUCUCGAGGAGUGCGGCGGUUGCUUCGUCUCUGAAGGAGGGAAUAGCUUUGUAGGGUUCUUUUUCUUCGGCGGAGGGCUCGUAUUUGGAGCUUUUGAGUCGAGAGUGGACGCUGGAGCGGCUACAGAUCGGCGAUCCGUAUGAAAUGGUUGAGGGAAGGGCUUGCUUGUCAAGAGAGGUUAAAAAUGGAUUAGAAAUUCUGAAACGUAAACGGCUCCAACGUUUGAAGUUGUCUGUAGGCCCUGAAGGGGCAAACGUCACUACCAUGAUGACUAGAAGUGGUGGGGAUGCUUUGAGAACAUCUGCAUCAUGUUGGACAGGAAUGCAAAGAAAUGCUGAUGAAUUUUCUCACUCAGGUGGUCCUGUGAAGGAUGCUUUUGUGAAGCAUAAGGUGGAAAAAUUUGACAUGUCAAAUUUUGACUGGAUUGAUAAGAUUCCAGAAUGUCCUGUGUUCUGUCCUACAAAGGAGGAGUUUGAGGAUCCCUUAAUUUAUCUCCAACAGAUUGCUCCUACGGCAUCUAAAUUUGGCAUAUGUAAGAUCAUUUCCCCAUUAAAUGCUUCUGUGCCUGCUGGUGUUGUGUUGAUGAAGGAGAAAGCUGGAUUUAGGUUCACUACUAGAGUACAACCUCUGCGCCUGGCUGAGUGGGAUACAAAUGACAAAAUCACCUUUUUCAUGAGUGGAAGAAAUUAUACAUUUCGGGAGUUUGAGAAGAUGGCAAACAAGUUAUUUUCUCGACGUUAUUCUAGUGCUGGAGGCCUACCAGCUAAGUACUUGGAAGAGGAGUUUUGGCAUGAAAUUGCUAAUGGCAAGACAGAGUCAGUGGAGUAUGCAUGCGAUAUAGAUGGGAGCGCCUUCUCGUCUUCUCCUGGUGAUCAACUUGGAAAAAGCAAGUGGAACUUGAAGAGGCUUUCUCGACUUCCCAACUCUGUAUUGCGACUUCUGGGGGCAGCUAUUCCGGGUGUAACAGAUCCUAUGCUAUACAUUGGCAUGCUCUUUAGUAUGUUUGCUUGGCAUGUGGAAGAUCACUACCUGUAUAGCAUCAACUACCAUCACUGUGGAGCAUCUAAAACUUGGUAUGGUGUUCCAGGUCAUGCAGCUUCUAACUUUGAAAAGGUGGUUCAAAAGCAUGUAUAUGCUCAUGAGAUCUUAUCUUCUAAUGGAGAUGGUACAGCAUUCAACAUUCUUUUAGGAAAGACAACAAUGUUUCCACCAAAUAUAUUGUUUGAGCACAAUGUUCCUGUCUAUAAAGCCGUACAGGGACCUGGAGAGUUUAUUAUAACCUUUCCUCGAGCAUAUCAUGCAGGUUUUAGUCACGGCUUCAAUUGUGGAGAAGCAGUGAACUUUGCUGUUGGUGAUUGGUUUCCAUUUGGGUUUGUGGCUAGGCGGCAAUAUGCACUUCUUAACAGGAUACCAUUAGUUCCAUAUGAGGAGCUCCUAUGCAAGGAAGCAAUGCUUCUUUACAAGAGAUUGUCAAAUCUUGAUCCCACAAUUCCUCCUCCGCUAGUUAAAGAUUUGUCUUCUCAACAGUGCAUCAAGGUUUCUUUUGUGCAAUUAAUGCGAACCCAGCACUUUGCUUGCUGGUCGCUGAUGAAAUUAGGAGCUUGCAUGUUCUAUUCUCCAAAUGUUCCUGGGACAGUACUCUGCAGCCUUUGCCAACGUGACUGCUAUAUUUCUUAUGUUAAGUGCCAAUGUAGUGCACAGCCUAUCUGCAUUCAUCAUGGGAAAGAGAUAAAAAGCUGUCCUUGUGGUGGCAAUCGUUUUGUCUUUCUGAAGGAGGACUUUUGGGAAUUGGUGGCUGUAUCCCAGAAGUUUGAGCAGGAAGAUGGAAUAUUAGGGGAGUUUCAGAAACAAGUAGAAGAUGAUGACCUGUGUCUGCAGCCAAACUUUUUCCUUUCUACUGAAGGAGGUGGAUAUCAGCCAUAUUGCAACGUAAAGUUCAAAGCAAGUCCUGGAAUUGUUGCACAACCUGAUGUCCAUUCACAAGGUUUACAUUGUGUUCUACAAGGGGAGUGCAGCAAUUAUGAUGCAGUAGAUUCUAUACCUUCCUCUGCAGCAUCAUCUCAAGACCUACUUGAUGGCUUUUCACUGAACAAUGAUGGAUGUACAAAUUCUGACAGAGUAAAGUUAGUCGCUACCAAGCAUUCCAGAAAUGUCUCAGGCAGUGCUUGUGGACCCAUUCAACUAGUUUCAUUAUCUGAUAGAUGUACAUCUGUCCACCAAUCUGGUUCCAGUGGUACUUCGAUCCUACAAGACAGUGAUAAUUCUGAUUCUGAAAUAUUCCGAGUUAAACGCAGGUCAACUUUGAAAUUAGCAAGGAAAAGAGAAAACGACAAGGCGAGCUCAAGUCUUCCUGAAAGGAAGGUGUUCAAACGAUUGAGAAGGCUUCAUUCAGAUGGAACAGCUGUGCAUGUUCCAUCAUUAAAGGAUAGGCAACCUCCAUGGGAUGCAAAGUUGGCAAAGGAUAAUGAUGCUAUAAAACUGAAAGUUAGAGUGCAAAACAGAAUAGAAAUUCACCAUUCUAACCUGAGGGACGCCAUCAGGGAAUCACCGGUUAUGGAUUUCAGGCCAAAAGAUCUGAAGGUUAGAGUCCCGUUAUUUGCUAAUGGUGGUGUUGAGCAGGGCAGAUUGUCAGAAUGUGAAGUCUUUGAAGCAUGAUGAGUCAGGUUGGUGCUAACUUGAACUUCUAACGGUUCUCUAACUACAGAAAUCAGAAGAGAAUGGACUAAGGGUGGCAAAUCAGUUAACAUUGUUUAGGACUGAGACUCGACUAAUUGAGUCUUCGUGCUCCUAAUAGAGGUGCUGGCAUGACUGGAUUGCUGGGGUUCUCAGCAUCAGUGAGUAUUUUUACCUUUGUGGGGCAGGGAACCUUGCCAAAGAAGAUAGGGGAUCUUUGAUAAUUCAAUUGUACAAUAUUGAUUGAUCAAUUCUUGUAGGUGGGCAUUCCACUGUAUUGUAGGUCAGUCUACCCUUUCGAUUCCUUUAAUUCUUUUACAUGAUUGCUUUUGUACCUUGAAUAUUAAAUAAAAUGCAAAAUGAUUUACUGUUUCUGCUUA